AUGCACCAUCCCAAUUCAGCUAUAGAAAGAAUAUCAUUACCGAUAGAUGUGGGAGGUGUAGGCAUACUAGAUAUCCACCGUCUUCACCAAUCGCAAAUAAAGGCUCUCAGGCAAUAUUUUCAUGAAAAAUCCACUAAUCAUGCCUUGUUUAGAGCAGUAUGUCAAGCAGAUACAAAAAGUACACCUUUAAAACUUAGCGAUAUUGAAUAUGACCCUGAAGAUAAUAGAUUUUCGACCCAGUCCCAAAUACAAAGAUGGAAGCAAAAAGAACUGCACGGGAGCCACGCACAUCACCUGCUCCACGAAAAUACUGAUACUGAAGCAUCAAACCUAUAUCUAAGGGGAACUCUAUUUGCUGAGACUGUCGGAUUCAUAGGCGCCAUACAAGACCGAGUAAUGAAUACAAGAAACUACCAAAAAUACAUAUUGAAAAAUAAAAAUAUCGUUGACAAAUGUAGAAGGUGUGGAUCACCAAACGAAACCAUUGAACACAUAAUAUGCGGAUGUGAAACGCUAGCACCAAUGGACUACACCCAGAGACAUAACAAUGUAGCCAGAAUUAUACAUCAACAGUUAGCGAAGAACUUU